CACAUACAAACAUUCGCAUUAUAAUACGUAGGGGCAGAUUCCUGCCCCUCGGAAUUUAAUUGUGCAUUUUCGAAAUCAAAUCUUUUGUUUUACAUUGGCUAAUCGAAAGUGUUUUUCAAAAUAGAGUGUAGUGGGUAGAGAAAGCAUUCCUUGAUAAGCACGUACACACACAUAUAGAGUUUUUCGAUUUCAUUUCAUUUUCAGAUUAAGGAUUAAAAUACCCACAGAGAGUGUGUUACUGUUACUGUGAGAUUAAUAAUAACAAAAUAAUAACAAAAAUAUCAUGUCAACUGUCGCUAUGCCUGCAACUGCAUAUCAAACAUCUGCUGCUGGUGCUAAUGCUGGAAAUCCUCCACAAAUUCUAGGACCAUUGUCUGGUGGCGGUGAAGUCCCUGAAGGAGAACCAGUUCACUUGGAGUUAAGAAUUGCCCCACCAGGAGAUUUACAAGUACAAUGGUUUAAAGAUGGUGUUGCGCUGAGUGCCGGUUCUCGAUUUAAUACAAUGUGUGAACGUGGUCUAGCUUCACUGGAUGUUAUCUAUACAAUUCCAGAAGAUAGUGGUACUUACUUCUGUGUUAUUUCAAAUCCAUACGGGAAUGCACAAAGUCAACCAGUUCCUGUGAAUCGUUUCAAUGCUGUACUUGAUCGAGGAUUAAUUGUUUUAGAAAUUGGUUAUUCUCUAGUAGAUGACAGUGGAAAAUAUGUGUGUGUAGCAACAAAUGCAAUUGGACGAACAGAGAGUCAACCUGUAGAGUUAAGAUGUCAACCAGAAGAUAGAAUUGUUACAAAAUCAAUUCUUGAUCAACAAUCAAUAAAUCAUCUGAAACAGUUGGAAGAACCUGGAGAAGAUUUUGAUUAUGCACGUGAUGCAACUGUACAGGGCAUUCCACCAUCAUUCAAAGCUCAUUUAGAACCAUCAUCAAUUCAAGUGAAUGAAGAUGAAACUGUUAUCUUUUCUGUACCAGUUGAUUGUGGUAAUGGAGAUCGUGUUGUUGUUGAAUGGAGACGUGAUGGACAGGUUGUUAUAACAGGAUCUAGAAUAACAGGAAGCUUAGAACUUGGAAUUGCUAGCUUAAAAAUCCACUAUGCUCAACCAACAGACACUGGAGCGUACACCUGUCACAUUUCUACAGAACACGGUUCAGCUGACUGUGGUCCUUCAAAUUUGUUAUGCGAAGCUACAGGAAGUAUAAUUGCUGCAAGUCAACUCCCAGGAAACAAAGAAAAAGGUCUUCAAGCAAUAGAAGCCAUAGAAGCGAAUUUACAUGCCCCACGCGGAACUGUAUGGGAAGAUGAUGGUCCACAUGAGGCUCCAGCCAUUAUACAGCAUCCACAACCUGUUGGUGAAAUUGAAGAAGGGACAGCAAUACACUUUGAUGUACAAGUAGAACCAGCAGCAGAUCCUUCAUUGACUGUUGAGUGGUUUAAAGGAGGAAAACUGUUGACAAGUGGAACACGAUUUAAAGUUGCCUAUGAAAGAGGAUUAGCUACGCUGGAUUUGUUAUACACUAUUCCUGAAGAUAGUGGUGAAUAUUGGUGUUCUGUUUUUAAUAAAGUUGGUCAAAUGGAGAGUAAUCAUGUACACGUUGUAUGCAAUGCAAGCGCUUCUGUUAUUACACACAGUAAUCUGCUACAAGGUACAGAAGGUUACAAUCUGAUAAAGGCUAUUGAAGAUAUUGAGCAAACAAAUGGUCCAGAAUAUAAUUAUAUGGAAGAAGAAGAGGUUGAUGCAGCACCUAAUUUCGAUGUUAAACCACAAGCUGCUACUAUCAGUGAAGGUUCUCCAGUGAAGUUUUUAGUACGUGUUAGUGGUAAACCUACACCUCAUUUGACAUGGUAUCUGAAUGACGAGCCAAUUGAACAAGAUUCAAUUACAAAGAUAUAUAGCGAUGGUGCAAUCAACUAUUUAGAAAUGAGUCGUUGUCCUGCUUUACAAGGAAGUAAUAGACUACACGUGAUUGCAGAAAAUCAAUUAGGAAGAGCUGAAGCAGAAACUGUUCUUACAGUUGUAUUAGCUGAAGACUUCAGACCAGAUUUGAAACAUGUUAAGCCAGAAAAUCCCUACAAGAAGAUGGUUGGUUUACGUAAAGUAGAGUGUUCACCAGAAUUAAAUAAGGCUUUGACAAGAACUAAACCAUCAGCUGAAACAAUUAUGGAAAUGGAAAGAGGUACUGAAAUAAAAGCUCGUACUUACCGUUCACCAGAAGUACUUGAAGCUGAGAAAAUGUUGGAUCAACUUGCUUCAAAUCUAAGAAAAUCAGAAGUUAAACGACCUCCAGUAAACUAUAACAAUCAAGAUGGUGUCGCAUAAAUUCAGUAAUACAAACAGAUAAACAAAACAUCGUUUAUUCAAACACAAACACACACUCACACACACACUAGACUGCCAUUGACAAACUUCCACAAACAAUGAAUGACACAACAGCAUCAACAUUUACAUUUAAUAUCAAGUUAUCAAUUAAAUUAUUCUAUUUACAACAACAACAAAAAAAAAGAAACAUAUUUACUCAAAAAUUAAAAAUCAUAAAAUCUUGGAAUGUGAAUGAUUCAUUCUUUCAUUCUACAUAUAAAAUGAAACAUUUCACGCGGAAACUAUGAAAUCACAAUUAUUUGUCUAUAUUUAUGUUUUUCUCCUUCUCUUGUGUCUUAUCUUCUCUUCUUACUUUUUUGUCUCACUCCUAUUCAAAAUCUCCACUUUUAUUUAAAUAAACGCGCGCGCUACUUCAAGGCCAACGAUUGAAAAUUGAAUAUUGACAAAUGUAACUUAUUUCAAAUGCUUGUUAUUUGAACGAAUUGAUAUACCGGAUUAUUAUUGUUAUUAUUAUAUUAUUCUUAUAAUAUUAUAGUUAGUUAACUGAGAACUCAAUCACAUUGAGUUUUACACACAUAUUUUGUGAACAUUUAUCUGCUUUAUUUUGCCAAAAAAUUAUUAUUUUUCACAAUUUAUCGAUUAGCAUGUGAAUGACAUUUGCUAAACAUCUGUUGAAUGGUUAUAUGGCUGAUGACAACAUUAUAAUGACUGUCAGUUACGAGUUUAUGCCGAAAAAAUCUUUUUGUGAAUAACUCAGCAUAUUUUGAUGAUGAUAAUGAUUUUGAAACAUCUUUUUAAACAACGAAAUGCUUAUUUAAUGUGUUCACUUUAUUCUGUUAUAUGGAUUAUUUAAACAAUUUAUCUUGAAGAAAACUUUUCUCAUUCAUGAAACCAAAAAGAACGAAGAAUAAAAUGUCAUGAAUAUAAAAAGCA